AGAUCCUGAACCAUGCAAGCCAGUGGCGACAGCGGCGAACAGUCUCAUGCUCUCCACUCCUCAAUGACCACCACAGCAGCUUCUCAGGAUACGGCCUGGUCCAGCAUAUGGAAACCUUGGGAUCAUCUCAUCGCUGGUCUUGGAUCGAAUCAGUGGCGCUGCGUAGUCUGAUGGCCUCUGGAAGAGUAUCCCCAGAUGUGAAGGUGGAGAGUGAAGAUGAGGAGAAACCGUACCAGUGUUCACACUGCGACAAGAGAUUCAGUGAUUCAGGAAACCUGAAGUCACACAAGAAUAUCCACACUGGAGAGAAAACACACAGAUGCGAUCAGUGCAGCAAAACAUUUUUAAGGCCUUCAGAGCUGAAGAACCAUCUUAGAGUUCAUACAAACGAGAAGCCUUAUUCAUGCUCUGAGUGUGGAAAGAGUUUCAGACGUCUGUCAAAUUUAAAAGCACAUCAGAAGAUCCACACUGGUGUUAAAAAGCAUGUGUGCCUUGACUGUGGGAAGAGUUUUAUUAGAGUUGGAGAGUUGAAAAAUCACCAGAGGAUUCACACCGGAGAGAAACCGUACAAGUGUUCACACUGCGACAGGAGCUUCAGUCAGUUACAAAUAGUGAAAGUACAUGAGAGGACUCACACCGGAGAGAAACCGUACACUUGUACUGAGUGUGGGAAGAGCUUCAAACAAUCACCAAGCUUUUAUCGACACAUGCUGAUCCACACUGGAGAGAGAACACACAGAUGUGAUCAGUGCAGCAAAACCUUUCUCUGGCCUUCAGACCUGACGAGACAUCUGAGAGACCAUACAAACGAGAAGCCUUAUUCAUGUUCAGAGUGUGGGAAGGGUUUUACAGAGCAGUCAAGUUUAAGAAAACAUCAGAAGAUGCACACUGGUGUCAGAGAGUUUGUCUGCUUUGAGUGUGAGAAGAGUUUUAUUAGAGCUGCAGGUUUGAGACAACACCAGAGGACUCACACUGGAGAGAGACCUUACGUGUGUUCAUGCUGCAACAAAACAUUCAGAUAUUCAGGACACCUGAAAGCACAUGAGCGCAUCCACACUGGAGAGAAACCGUACACCUGUACUCAGUGUGGGAAGAGUUUCAGUGUCUCAUCAUCCCUUAAUUCACACAUGCUGAUCCACACUGGAAAGAAAAUUCACAAAUGUGAUCGAUGUGGCAAGACGUUUUUGAGGGCUUCACAGGUGAAGAAACAUCUUCGAGUUCAUACAAAGGAGAAGCCUUUUCAAAAAAUUGACCUUCCUGAAAACGCUCUUCUGCAUUCACAACACAGGAUUUCACAGUUAAAUGUGUGUGUUAAUGAAUUCCAGUGAUUUGUGAAUAGAGCACAAGUCUCAUUCUUGCAGCGAAGACAUCUCAAGGGUUGAUGUAGACUAAUAAGGUCAGAAAAUCCAGCAGUGCUUUGGAAUAUAUCAUUUCUGUGACUCCACUGUGUUUUAUAAAUGCACAAAAAAGAAAUGUUACGCCUGAAAUAUAUUCUCAAUAAUUGUGUCCACGAAAGUUUUUUUUUUAUCCAGCUUCAGAAUCUCAGGUGCUCUUCUGGUACUGUACAGCUGGUGGUGCUUGAGAUGCUUUAGUGGCACAGCGUUUAAUAACAGUCGAUUUGUUUGCCAUGAUUUGAAUUCCAUUACUAUAGAAGCCCAUUCCCGCCACUGAAUAAAAUAAAUACAAUUUUUAAAAACAAUUAUAAAGUCAGAAUUGCAAGUUAUUAAGUCAGAAUGGCGAGUUAUGUCACAAUUCUGAGUUAAGUCCAAAUUCCGAGUUAUA